GAGCUCAGAUGACUCUCGGCACCAUUGAGCCCGCACGGCUGUCACAGCUGAGCGGACGCGAACGCACAGACAUAAAGAGCACGCGCGCCCGCCGCCCGCACAAGAGCGUGCGUCAUGCGUCCCGAGAGAAACUUGCAUGCACCUCGGUUGGAGCGCGCUAGGACGCACGGGUUGAGCACAGGUACCGGCAGCGGCUGAGAGACCGACAGGCUCCCCUCCUGACACCUUCCCGGGCUGCCUGCAUGCCCUCCCCGAGCCGCUCCGGGAAAGUUGCGCUCAAAGUAUGGAUUACUUCCCCGUCCGAGGUAACGACAGCAACACCACCUUUGGGUACCCGCCCGGGGUGGAUGUGGUGGUCGACUGGCUCGGUUCCGACAACAACACCAGUAGCUCCGACUCCUUGCUGUACGUGCAGCUGGGCUACCAGAUCGUCACCUCCUUGCUGCUGGGGGCCCUCAUCCUGUGCUCAAUCUUCGGCAACGCGUGCGUGGUGGCCGCUAUCGCCCUGGAGAGAUCCCUCCAAAACGUAGCCAACUAUUUGAUUGGAUCCCUGGCCGUGACGGACCUCAUGGUGUCGGUGCUCGUGCUGCCCAUGGCGGCCCUGUACCAAGUCUUGAACAAGUGGACUCUGGGUCAGGGCAUCUGUGACUUGUUCAUCUCUCUGGACGUGUUGUGCUGCACUUCGUCCAUCCUGCACUUGUGCGCCAUCGCCUUGGACCGUUACUGGGCCAUCACAGAUCCCAUAGACUACGUCAACAAGCGCACCCCGAGGAGAGCCGCGCUCCUUAUCAGCGUCACCUGGCUGGUGGGCUUCUCCAUCUCCAUUCCACCCAUGUUGGGCUGGAGGAGCGCUGAGGACCGAGCCAACCCGGACGCCUGCAUCAUCAGCCAGGACCCGGGCUACACCAUCUACUCAACCUUCGGGGCAUUCUACAUCCCCCUCAUCCUCAUGCUGGUCCUCUACGGGCGGAUCUUCAAGGCGGCUCGCUUCCGGAUUCGCAAAACGGUGAAGAAGCCCGAGAAGGUCAAAGGUGAGCGCUGUUUGACUUUGUCCCCCGCGGUGCUCCACAAGAAGAGCAACGGGGAGGCAGAGGGCGGGAGGCCGUGCGGAAACGGCGCCGUGCAGUUCGGCGACGAGGGCGAGUCCUUGGAGGUGAUGGAAGUGAGCAGCUCCAAAAGCCACCUGGCCUUGCCCAACACACCGCAGUCAUCCUCGCACGAGAACCUAAAUGAGAGGAACUGUGGUGCAAAGCGCAAACUGGCACUGGCUCGAGAGCGCAAAACGGUGAAGACGCUGGGCAUCAUCAUGGGCACCUUCAUCUUCUGCUGGCUGCCCUUCUUCAUCGUGGCCCUGGUGUUGCCCUUCUGCGCCGACAGCUGCUACAUGCCUGAGUGGCUUGGCGCCGUGAUUAACUGGCUGGGCUACUCCAACUCCCUGCUCAACCCCAUCAUCUACGCCUACUUCAACAAGGACUUCCAAAGUGCUUUCAAGAAGAUCCUAAAGUGCAAAUUUCACAGGCCGUGAAUGCGUCCAACUACUGAACAUGAGUUGUGUCAGAUCGGGUAAUCUCAGUUUGGGUAUAGCUAUUAUCCAUAUUCAAUACUGUGGUUGGAGUUUGCAUUGCAUCACAUUGUGUGCGUUAAAAAAUACACCAGACAGCAUCUUAGCUUUUCCCAUGUUGUUAUUGCUGACACAAAAAUAGAAAAGUAAAAGUGGGUGUUUUUUAAUACACUUCAGAGCUUUCCUUGCAGUGGAAAAAUUGAACUACAGUUGUAAUUUAAAAAUGACUGACAGUGUCGGUUGUAAUUUUUCUUUCAUUAAGUCAUUAGGUAUUGGUUAAUCAAUUAAAAUGAUUAUUUAUUUGCAUUUAUUUGUUGCAUAUUGAUUUUUAUAUUUUUUUAUAUUCUCUAUUAGGCGGAAAUGCAUCAUCCCAUCCUUUGGGAUCCACUUCUUGUAUUUGUAUAAAUGUACCAAAUGAAGGGUCCAAUGAGCACAAUGUGAAGGAAUUGUACUCAACCACAUUUUGGGGAGAUACUCAAAAGACAUGUUGAUAUGUUUACUGACUAUACAUGUAUAGAAAAGAAGAAACACUAUCAUGAAAAUAUUAAUGCACAGACUUGAAUUCAGGCUCAGUCUCUGUGCGUCAUGAGGCCUCUGGUGAAAACAAACAAGGACUCUUCAUUUGCUUGAGCUCAACGUUUAUCCAGUGUUGUGCCCACUGUGUUUAUUGCCUGUAUGCAAUGGCGCCCAGUGCUGCCACGCAUUUUCCAUCCAUGCAUUUCUGUCAUGCAGGUUGACAUCACAAGCUUUGUAGCACUGAAAUAAUAAAAAGCGAUCCCGGU